AUGGACACCCCUGGACGCGCCGCCUUCCUGUGCACGAGCACCGCUGCUUUCCACCCUCCUGACUGGGCGUGCAUGCCUCUCGAAGCUAAUGCUCAUGCCAGACUAGAAGCGUUCCGCGAUAAUCGCCACUGCGCUACGUACGUGGUGGCUACCCAGCGUGUGAAUCUCUUUGGACGGGAUCAAGAGAGCUGCGACCACGUGCUGGGCAAUCCUUCGAUCUCGAGGAAGCACGCGGCCGUGAUUCACGACAAUGAAGGCGGAAUUUACAUGGUGGACCUGAUGUCGCGGCAUGGAACGUACGUGAGUCGGAAGAAGAUUUCCGCCGCACGAUCCGUAUCUUUUGCACGAUGGAGAUGUGAUCAGGUUUGGACAAAGUGUCCGUGUGUACAUCCUCAGAGCUCUGUGGUUUCGAAGAAAAACUUCAACAAACCUAAAGCUUCUUCAGCAGCGAUUAAACUCGUAAAUGCAGUUUGUUACGGCACGCUUAAGGACGAGAAAGUGGUUACGUUUAUAUCGAGUGUGUUGGAGCUCGGUGAUGAAGAUCGAAAGGGUGUGGCAGACACGCUAGUGGAGAGGCUUCAGGCUAAAUACGAGUUCUACGCCAGCCACGUUCAUCGCAAUGCAUUUAUCGCUACUAUGGCUCUUUUGAAGCAAAAUCUAUGCGUAGCAGAACUUGAGGAGAACCUAGACGUUUUCACUCACAUUUCGCAGCAGCGUAACGACAACAUUUAUCGCGCCGAUGCUCGGAAGUUCUUGCAAGCAAUUGCUGCUGUUCGGCUGGACCCAACCAAUCCGCAGUUUGAUGAUAUCGACUCUAUGGAAAAGGACGUUUGCUCGGCUUGUCCAGUCACCGCUAACAACCGCGACGGCAGGGAGCGCUCCAUCAGCGAUGAAGGAAAGAAUUUGGACUCGGCUAGUGAUGGUAUCCAGUAUUCUGACCGUGCAGAAUCGGUGGGUGCGAUCGGUGAACUGGGUAUGGUUCCUAGGAAGACUAUGGAUGGCAACGUUUCUUGUUACCAGACGUCUCAUCAUCCAUCCAGCAAUGGCCAAUACGAAGAGUCUGAGUUAAGGUCCACAGUCGUUGAAUAUGCGCCUCCCAUUAGAUUAGUGGCUGGAAACGAAACAAAGCAAUUCACUGCAAACAGCGGGAACGGAUCCGGCUUUCGUUUUAUAGAGCAACAGGCGCCAGAGUCAGACAAACCCAGUGGAUCCGCGUUCGGGUUCAUUGGUGCUUCAGACGUUGUAGAUGACGCUUCUCCCAGAAGUAGCUCAACAGGUCGACCUUCUAGUCAAUCUGCCUCUGGAUUUGUGCACGAACAUCCUUCCACAUCAGCUGAAGACUUUUUGGUCGAGCACCCAUCGAUGGAUGGCAGUGAUCUGGACGAUAUGUGGGAAUCAGCGAAUGACGAAUCAGAGGAAUGGUCGGUGGAUUUCGGCUCAAUAGAUGCUCACGAGCUCGAUCCGCGUGACUUGCAGGCUUUUUUACAGACCUAUAGGAUGGUGUGCAUAUCUAGCAAGAAGGUUGCUGGACAGCAACAUUGCUUCUUUGUCGCAGAGCAGGUAACGUGUGCCCGGUUGAAGUCGGUGUUGGCCAGUCCCAGUGACUUUGGUGUCGUGGCGAUAUUAAAGUAUCUGCCCGAUGUAUGUAAACAGGCUAUCGAAGGAACGCUCUUUUUGGUGGACAUUUCCAUCAUGCCGGGUUUGGCAGACAUGUCGGUGACACUCAAGUGGAUCGUCAACUCGCUUCUCUACAGAAAUGGCCAUGUCAUCUUCAAGGAAAUCCUUGUACACGCUCUUCACCAGUUUGCUGCGCAGGCGCAGGGGCACGCUGCAGGGGUGCCGAUGCCGCUACAACAUUUACACAAUGAUGGAAAAGUGCAUGAAUCAGGGCAAAAUACUAUGCAACAGCUGCUACCCAACGGACGAGAUUCUGUACCUGUUAAGACGCAUCCAGCUUCGUGCGCCGUGUCAUACGCUGCGUCUCGAACAGCAUCACACGCGACAUCUCAGGGAGAUGAUGACGAUGUUGGGGAUGCUGAUGAGGAAGCAAUGUCAGCUCGCGAUUACUUGUGUAAAACCCCUCUUAUUGAUGCUGGAAACUUUGAACAGGUUUGGGCAACGGCUAUCGAAAUUGCGUCGCUCUCGUCUACGCUAAAUGAGCUGCCUGAAGUGGAUGAAGUUAUUGAACUCUUUCGUGACAACCGCAUGUGCUGUUUGGCGAGCGGCUGCGUAGAUAAGCUGGUCAAGUUCUUCUUUUAUGCCGAAAUGACCGAGAUUCACUGUGUGUUUUGUUUAGAAAUAUCCAUCGGUUUGGACACUGGUGCUUUGGAAGGUACUGUUAAGCGACUAGCUAUCAGGGAGCAUAGUGAGGAGGAAGAGGAGCACAUUGAUUCGAGUUUUAUUUGUUUCAUUGAAGAGGUCAUUCAAGAGCUUUAG